CGACAAGUUUCGGGCCCCGCGUCGAGGCCUUCAACCAAAGAAGUGGCUUUGGUGGUCGGACGAAAUUCGUUUUUGCGUCUUUUUGCCGGUCACUGGCCGAUAUGCAACGUUACGACUGGGCUUGCCGUGCUAGGACGGCGCCUCCGGUCCCUCCCUCCACCCAUGAUGCAAUCAGGGUCUUUCUCUCGGCGGUGAAAUCACAGUUUGUCAGCUAGAGGUGUUGGUAUAUAGAACAUCAGCAUACAAUACCCUACACAUACCUUCCUAAUACCCAAUUCUACACACUACACACAUCAUCAUGGUUCAGAACAAGGGCGUCAUCUUCAAGAAGGUCCCAGAGGGAUGGCCAAAGCCAGGCCAGGACCUCGCUGUUGAGGCCCGCGACAUUGACCUCGACCAGAAGCUCCCCGAGGGAGCUCUUCUCGUCAAGAACUUCUAUGCCUCCUUCGACCCCUACCAGCGCGGCCGCAUGCGUGCACCCGACGUCAAGUCGUACUCCCCUCCCUUCGAGCUAGGCAAGCCCAUCACCAACCGCUCCAUCUUCAAGGUCGUCAAGUCUGCCAGCGACAAGUUCAAGGAGGGCCAGACCCUCAUCACCAUGGGCAUCAGCCCCAUUGAGGAGUACUCCGUCCUAGACAAGGACGCCGUCGCCAACUGCAUGGAGCUCAAGAACCCCUACAACCUCGACCCCAAGUACUUCCUCGGCCCCCUAGGCAUGCCCGGUCUAACCGCCUGGUCCUCCUUUUACGAGAUUGGCCAACCCAAGAAGGGCGAAACAAUCUUCAUCUCAGCAGCCUCAGGCGCCGUGGGCCAACUCGUCGGCCAACUCGCCAAGCACGAGGGCCUCACCGUCAUCGGCUCCGUCGGCGACGACAAGAAGCUUGACUUCAUCACCAAGGAGCUCAACUUCGACUCCGGCUUCAACUACAAGACCGAGAAGCCCGCCGAUGCCCUCGCCCGCCUCGCCCCCAACGGCAUCGACAUCUACUACGAAAACGUCGGCGGCGAGCAACUCGAAGCCGCCAUCAACGCCAUGAACAACUUCGGUCGCAUCAUCGCCUGCGGCAUGAUCUCCCAAUACAACUCCAAGCCCGGCGAGCAGUACCCCAUCCGCAACCUCAUGAACAUUGUUGCCAAGCGCCUUACCAUCCGUGGUUUCAUCGUUGGAGAUGAGAACAUGGGUCCCAAGCACGCAAAGGAGCACCAGGAGAAGCUGCAAAAGUGGUUGUCUGAGGGUAGCUUCAAGGCGAAGAUUAGUGUUACUGAGGGUAUUGAUAAUGCCGUCGACGGCUUUAUUGGUAUGCUUGAGGGAAAGAAUUUUGGUAAGGCGGUGUUGCAGAUUGCGGAUCUGAGCAAGGAGUAGAAAGUUGUAUAUACCCCAAUGAGGCCGGUUUGCACCGGUUGUAUGAAUGAAAGAUGAAUGAACAACAAUAAUGG